CCGGCGGGAGAAAUAUUAUUUUUAUAGUGUACUGUGUAUCUAAUCACCGAAAACAUUGUGCAUAAGUACUCAAGAGUACGCGCGCUGUUCCGGCUUCUGCUUCUUACUUCUCAUCUCCCGACGUCAGGAGAUGGAUGUGCCGAUUAUCAACAGUUACAGCGGAUUGUCUUUUGCAUGAGUUACUUAUCCCUUAAAGUGAUGAGAAAAUUAUAUGGUUAAUUGGUUAAAUGUGCCUUUUUAUGCCACUGGUUCGUGCGCAGGCCCGUGCUGAAUUGUAAUCAUAAUCAUAAAAUAAUUCUGAUAAACUUGGAUGAAAUCAUGAAGCCGCACACCGUGAAAAGUUGCAAACGGCCUUUUGACUGUUGGUUCGGCUAGGAUGUAAACAGAGCCUGUAUAUGCGUAUGCUAUUAACCUGUCGUUCCGGUAGAUGAAUUUACCAUGAUUCGCUGCCACAGACUGUCUGUACCAAGUGCCUGACUUUUCCUGUCUAACACUAUCGUACGUUGACGUUGGAGCGGAAGUUGUAGCGCAACUGAAUCGAGCGGAGGGACGCGGUGGCCGACACUGGCCGGAUGGCGUCCGACGGCUACUCGGGCGGUUGGCGCUGGGCGCCGUACAGCGGCCUGCCUCCCGCUAGCAGCGCCCGACCGGAAGGCGGCCAGUCCUCCUCCUCCGACGCCGAAGAGAGACAGGACGCGGACUGGGAAGCGUCGCCGCUGGCCCGCAUGAUCGCGUGGUUCUACGACAACCACAACCUGACCGGGGCAACGGCCGCCACCGCGCCCGUCCUGGGAUCCGUCUCCGAGCUGUACGCGGCCAGCCACAACGCCAGCGAGCCGGUCAAACUGCCGGCGGCCUGCUACGGCGUGGACAACGCCAUCCCGCUGAAGGGCAUCUACUUCGUCGUGGGCCUGGUGCUGCCGCUGUUCGUGCUACUCUUCUGGCUGUUCAAGGCCAUCGACCGGCGCGUCUUCGGGCGGCGUUACCGGCGUCUGUUGUACGGCGGGGCGCGUAGCGGCUACGAGGUGCUGGAGGACGCCGAUCUGGACAUGCAGGCGCGGGUGCGCGCCGACGUCCUGCUGGAGGAGAAGCUGAUCAAGCAGCGCACCGAGGCACUCAAGCAACUGAGCACGACCGGCCGCACCGAGUUCGACCGGUCGCAGCUGGAGGAGUGGGUGGCCGACGCCACCUCGCCCAACAGCACGCACGGCUUCUGGCUGAUGGUGGUGGCCAUCGGGUGCGCCAUGGUCUCCCUGGCAGUCUACCUGGCGUCCGUCACAAAGCAGCUGCCCAGUCUGGAGAUCUGCGGAACGAUGCCCAACGGGCAGCAGUGCCUGGACCUGCUGGCCAACGCCUACCUUCUGGCCUACCUUAUUAUUCGAGUUGCAGGGACGCACGACAAACUGGACGCGCUGAUGAGCCCGUACUCCUUCGUCGAUUAUCUGGUGAUCCCGGCCGUGGUGGGCGGUAUCUGCCUGAACCGCUACUUCACCGGUUUCAGCUUCCUGCGCUGGUACAACCUGAUGUGGCUGCUGGAGCUGGUGGCGCAGCGCGGCUUCUUCCAGAAGCAGAGCAGUCUGAAGCUGACCUACCUCGUCCUGCUGGUCGUCGUCAUUCUGACCACGUCGGCCGGCGUCCUGCAUUUGUUUGAGAACGCCGGCGACCACUCGCUGUGGUCGGAAAAGGCCUACAACGGGCAGUCGGUGACCUAUUGGAAGUGCUUCCAGUAUUUGUACGGCCGACUGACCCUCAUCGAUCUCAGCGGGCUAAAAGUCACCACCAUCAUGGGCAAACUCACCGUCUACCUCUUCCAACUGGCCGCACUCACAACAAUCGGUCGCACGAUCCCGCAAAUCGUGUCCCUGGUCAAACGGACACCGGACUACGAUAAAGACUACAAACCUCCCAAACACUACCUGCAUGUGGUGGUGUCCGGGACGGUGUCGAACGACGCCAUCAAGCUCUUCCUGCAGGAGUUCUACCAUCCCGACCGCGAUGUCGGGCGACGCGUGCGAGUGGUCAUUCUCGGCGAGCAGCCCCCGGAUGCCGACACCGAGCGCAUGGUGAAGCAGUAUUACAACCGCGCCGAGUACCGGCGCGGCUCCGUCAUGGAACCGCGGGAUCUGGCCCGCAUUCGGGCCGCCGACGCUGCCGCCGUCCUCCUGCUGGCCGACGUGGAGAGCCCCGAACCGGAUUCGGCCGACGCCAUCAACGUCAUGCGCGUCGUCUCCGUCAAGGACCUCCGCAACGAGAUGCGCGUCCUCGUCCAGAUUCUACAUUACAAGAAUAAAGAAUACGUGCAGAAGAUUCCGGCAUGGAACGCCGAGAAGGGCGACGCGGUGUUGUGCUGCGCGGAGAUCCGGCUGGGUCUGCUGGCGCAGAGCUGCAACGCGCCCGGCUUCUCCACGCUCAUGGCCAACCUCUUCGUGUCGCGCAUCCACAAGGAAGACGAGCAGUGGGAAGGCACCUGGCAGAGCGACUACGGCCGCGGUGCCGCCCUGGAGUUGUCGGCGCGGGUCAUCAGCGAGUCCUUCGUGGGGAUGACCUUUCGGCAGCUGGCCGAGUUCUGUUACCGGCGCUUCGACGUGCUGCUAGUGGCCAUCAAGCUGAACCAACGCCUCUCCGCCUACCCGCUGAUCAACCCCGGCGACGACGUGCGCAUCACUCCCGGCUGCAUCGGCUUCUUCAUCGCCGACACCGUGGCCGACCUGGCGCCGGUCAUGCUGUACUGUGCGCACUGCCACCGCGACACCCUCGAUCCCAAGAGCAUUCGCCAGUGCCAGUGCGACAGCAAAGCCAACGUAACGACCAAGGAGCCGGCCAAGGAGGCCGACAGCGACGACGACAGCUACUACGACGAAGAGGCGGCUCGCCGUGCUCACGCGCUCUCCCCGGAGACCGUCAACAAGUUGUGGGAGUACAUCCGCCUGACGCCGUCCGCGUCCACGCAUCCUCCAACCAAACGGGGUCGAAAGGUCACUGACACCGACCUGGAGCGAAGCAUGGAGCUGGCGUCGCCCACCGCGCUGCGCUUCCGGCGGAAGAGCGCCAAGGAGGCGGCGGCCGCGUCCACGCCGCUGAGCGCCGCCGCCUCGCUGGACAACCUGGACAACGAGCACGUGCCGACGGAUUAUCUGUACGACUCCACCGGCUGCUUCUUCUGGAGUCCUGGCCGGCGGCUGUACGAUAUCGUCAUUGAUCGACAAGAGGCUGCCAUGCGCGACUGGCAAGACCACAUCGUUCUCUGCAUCCUCACCAAACCCGACUCACAACCUAUCGGGUUACACACUUUCGUGUGGCCCCUACGGAGCAGCACCGUCCGGCCGGAGCGACUGGCCGAGAUCGUCAUACUGUGUGAUCCGAAGUUUAUGGAGAAGGAGUGGAUGUGGCUGACCAACAUGCCCAAGCUGACCGUCGUCAAGGGAGACGCCCUGAACCGUGUGGAUCUGCGCGCCGUGAGCGUGAAGAGCGCGCGCAUGGUGGUGAUUGUGGGCGCGCCGGGCAUCCACGAGAGCCUGCUGUACAAGGGUCUGCACCACAGUCUCAUCGACAAGGAGGUCAUCAUCGCCACACAGAACGUCCGCGACAUGUCAUUCUCGGAGAAGGAAUUAUGCUUCGCCAUCCGCGACGACGAAGGCGGGGGCCGGCAGGUGAACAUCGAGGAGGAGCUGAGCGGCAACAUGGACUGGAAGGCCACGUCCAGCCUGCUGGAGCGCUUCCCCGUCGGCCACCUCAUGGGCAGCCACAUCCCCGUCAUCACGCAGCUCUGCGUGCUGAACAACACGCGCUACCUGGACCUGUACGACCGCAGUCCGCGGCUGGUGCUGGAGCCGCACCUCUCGCACGUGUACGCCUGCGGGCGCGCCUUCUCCUCCUUCGUCGUGGACGCCCUGACCAUCUGCAGUUUCUUCAAUCCCUCCAUGUACAACAUCUUCAACACGCUGGUCUUCGGCAAGCACUGCGAGGAGGUCGAGAAGAUCGUCACCGAAGGCGCCGGUCUGCUGGGUGGGGAAGGGAUCGGCGAGAAGGCGGCCUUCGUGCAGGACGAGGUCAUCAUCCGGCACAUUCCGCUGGGCGUGGCCAGCAGCCCCUUCUACGGCUACGCGGAGAUGAACUACGGCGCGCUGCUGCUGGAGGCGCUGUCCAAGUGGGGCUUCCUGUGCCUGGGCCUGUACCGGCGCAUGACGCUGUACGACGCGCUGGUGGCGCCCUCCAAGCGCUUCGUCAUCUGCAAUCCGCCGCGCGACUUCAUCCUGCACCCCACCGACCUCAUCUUCUGCCUCAUCCGCGUCGACCAGGCCAACCGCGACGCCCAGGGGCGGGCAGCCGUCGACGGGCAGGGGCAGGGGCAGGGGCAGGGGCAGGGGCACGACACGGGACGCGGCUUCGACAUCGACGACACCGUUCUCAACCGCUGGGAUUAGGCUGGUCUAACAAGACCGGUGAGGCAGUAACUGGUCACCGACUGCGUCGUCAAGCUGUCACUCGGCCAAGUCUGUAGAGUCAGCCAGUUGCCCUUGAAAUCGGAAAAAAUUUUAAAUGUACGCGAAACGUACGAAGGCAUUCUUUCUUUAUUGUUAUUUGUUUGGCCAUUGAUUUGCCAUAUUGCCGACUGUGCUCACUAAUUACUCUUUAGUAGUUCUUCUGAGGCAAGUGAAUAAAGCUGUUUCUG